AUUUUAUUAUGUCAGUCGUGGCAGUGAAUCUCAAAAUACUUCCACUAAAUGAGAAUUUGAAUUUAGAAUUGGACCAGGAUACCUUAAUCAGUGAAUUAUACGAAUUCAUUUAGUCUAAAUAUAAGUAUUGUUUUAUAUUAUUGUUAGUCUUAAUUCAAAUGUAUCAAACUGGACAUGCUAUUCUGAGUAUAAACGCACGAAUUUACUUCCUUCCAGUAGUAUUGGAAAUAUAUAAAAGGAAACGCUAACCAUCAAUACUUAACCUACUUCAAGAACUCAAAUGAUUACUCCAGAUAGCAAUCUUGUAAACUAAUCCUCUAACUUUUAAUAAAAUGUUAAUAACUAAUAAUAUCCAGCUCCCAUCCAAUAAUAAAAGUAGACUUAACAAUAUCCAACCCAAAACUCUAUUCCAUAAUAAUAAUAAAAUCAAUCCUAGCCUCAAAUAAAUAAUUCUAAUUAAGUAUAAAAUCAAAAUUCUGGCUAAUCUUUAAAUCAAUCAAAUUUAGUUAUUCUCCAUUUAACAAUAACUGAUGGUUUUAAAUAAAGAAAAUUUUAAAGUACCUUUAAGUAGGAUGAUCUUCUUGAAGAUGUAGGAGAUGCUGUGCUAUCCUAUUUAGGAGUUCUAAAGUAUUUUUUUUUCGUAUAAUAAGAGAGGCCGCCUCUUGUGAUUUAGUUAUUUAUGGUCAAAAUUACAAUAGCCCUGAAAAACGCUUAAAAUCACUUUUGUAAUUAUCCAUCAAAUCCAAUACAACUAUAGAUGCCCGCUUGAGAUGGAUUGGCGGUAGCCAAAGAUGAUAAACAUUUUAUCAUAUUAUAUAAUUAUUUAUUAUUAU